AUGAGUCCUCUUUUCUUCCUGGCCACUCUUUGCUUGGGGGUGGUCUCAGCGAUUCCAAUGCAUGAUCCUAGUUUGGAUGCUGAAUGGCACGAAUGGAAGACAAGACAUGGGAAAACAUACAACAUGCACGAAGAAGGACAGAAGAGAGCGGUGUGGGAGGACAACAGGAAGGUGAUUGAGCUGCACAACGAGGGCUACGCCAAGGGAGUGCAUGACUUCAGCAUGGAGAUGAACGCCUUCGGGGACUUGACCAAUACAGAAUUCAGGGAAUUGAUGACUGGCUUUCAAAGCGUGGAACCCAAGGAGAUGGAUGUGUUCCAGGAGCCUCUGCUGGGUGAUGUCCCCACGUUUGUGGAUUGGAGAGAUCAUGGCUAUGUGACUCCUGUGAGAAACCAGGGUCAAUGUGGUGCUUGUUGGGCAUUUAGUGCUGUUGGCUCCCUAGAAGGACAGAUGUUCCGGAAAACAGGCAGACUGGUUUCUCUGAGUGAACAGAACCUAGUGGACUGCUCCUGGUCGUACGGGAACAGUGGCUGUGACGGUGGCUUGAUGGAGUAUGCCUUCCAGUAUGUGAAGGACAACAGAGGCCUGGACGCAGGGGCGUCUUACGCGUAUGAAGCACGGAACGGACCCUGCAGAUAUGAUCCUAAGUCUUCUGCAGCCAACGUCACAGGCUAUGUGAAAAUCCCAGUUAGUGAGGCGGCCCUAAUGAAUGCCGUGGCCACUGUGGGGCCCGUCUCUGUGGGAAUCGAUUCCCAUCACUAUUCCUUCAGGUUCUAUAGUGGAGGCAUGUAUUAUGAGCCAAACUGUAGCAGCAGUAAACUGGAUCACGCCGUCCUGGUGGUUGGCUAUGGUGAAGAAUCAGAUGGCAAGAAAUACUGGCUGGUCAAGAACAGCUGGGGCACAGGUUGGGGCAUGAACGGCUACAUAAAGAUGGCCCGAGACCGCAACAACAACUGUGGAAUUGCGACAUAUGCCGUGUACCCCACUGUGUGA